AACUGGCACAUGGAGAAUUCAAGAUAAAUGUCAGCUACAGGGAUGAUGGCAGAUAUUUGAAAUCCUAAAACCUUGGAAACGGAUUUUUCAAAGUAGAAAAUCGCAAAUGCUGAGGGCCUCGGAAGUAUCAGGCCAUAGUGUCCCUGACUACGAGAGGGUUAGGGUCCCAAGGGGCCUCUUUGUGAGGAUGGACGCAUUAAUAUGGGGGUCCUGAUCGGGACCUUUCUUGCAGGUUGGCCAUCGGUCAGAGCUCUCAGGCCCCAAGACAUGAUGAGAUGAGACUUUUCUCCCUUUCCUUACUCAGCGAUGCUCAGUGGACUCUGGGAGCCAGUGAUUCUCAGAUUCUUCGAUUCUGUGAAUUGUAGAGGGGUGGGGAGGAAUCCCCACUUUUUUCUCUGUUAGGUAACUUACAUGCCCCUCACCCUCUGUGGAAAGGUGGGUUGCAAGUAACACACUCCCCUUCCCUGGGCAGUAGAGUAGUGACGAUCAUAUCAAUUCCACCUACAGGUAAACUGAAGCUUGGAGCAGGGCAAAGCAUCUGGAAACCUAGCCCUAUUCUGCUUCUUUCCCUGGUAUUUCCCGUUCACACUCAGGGCCUCGGUGCCUCUCUUUCUUUCCCCAGAGACGCAGAAAUACCCUCUCACUCACAGUGUGGUGUCUCUACCUGCCUGGAAUGCCCCUGUGAUUUAUUUGAGUUCUUUUCCCUGUUUUUUUUUUCCCUAACUCUACACACUGUUGUUUAAAAAACUGUGGUUUCUCAUGAGCCCUGUUAUCUCAUUGAUACCUCUCACCUCUGUGGUGAGGGGAAGAAAUUAUAUUUUCAGAUGACUUGUAAAGGGCAAAGAAAAAACCCAAAAUUUCAAAAUUUCCGUUUAAGUCUCAUAAUCAAGAAGAGGAGAAACAGAGAGAGAGAGAGAGACAGACAGAGAGAGAACUAUGAGAACCACCCCCCCCACGCCGUGAUUAUCAGCGUACACAGUCAUCGAAAAAAAAAAUGGAUUAUUAGAAGAGAGAGGUCUGCGGCUUCCACACCGUGGUUUUUCUUCUCGGUAUAAAAGCAAAGUUGUUUUUGAUAUGUGACAGUUUCCCACAAGCCAGGCUGAUCCUUUUCUGUCAGUCCACUUCACCAAGCCUGCCCUCAAAAAAGGACCCAAUGCCCAACCCCAGGCCAGCCAAGCCCUCAGCCCCUUCCUUGGUGCUCAGCCCAUCCCCAGGAGCCUCACCCAGCUGGAGGGCUGCACCCAAGGCCUCAGACCUGCUGGGGACCAAGGGCCCUGGGGCAACCUUCCAGGGCCGGGACCUUCGAGGUGUGGCCCAUGCCUCCUCUUCCUCUUUGAAUCCCAUACCACCAUCACAGCUGCAGCUUCCCACAGUGCCACUCGUCAUGGUGGCGCCCUCUGGAGCACGGCUGGGUCCCUCACCGCACUUGCAGGCACUCCUCCAGAACCGGCCACACUUCAUGCACCAGCUCUCAACAGUGGAUGCCCAUGCCCGGACUCCUGUGCUGCAGGUGCGCCCACUGGACAGCCCAGCUAUGAUCAGCCUCCCGCCACCCAGCGCUGCCACUGGAGUCUUCUCCCUGAAGGCUCGGCCUGGCAUGCCACCUGGGAUCAAUGUGGCCAGCCUGGAAUGGGUGUCCCGGGAACCAGCACUGCUCUGCACUUUCCCAAGCCCCGAUGCACCCAGGAAAGAGAGGUCAGUGGGCAGAGCUGGGAAGAACCCUUGCCUUGCCAUUCCCUCCCCUGACACCCUCUGUCCCCCUAGCACCCUUCCGACCAUGACCCAGGGUUCCUACUCACUGCUGGUAAAUGGUGUCUGCAAGUGGCCCGGAUGUGAGAAGGUCUUCAAGGAGCCAGAGGACUUCCUCCAGCACUGCCAGGCAGACCAUCUUCUGGAUGAGAAGGGCAGGGCGCAGUGUCUCCUCCAGAGAGAGGUGGUACAGUCUCUGGAGCAGCAGCUGGUGCUGGAGAAGGAGAAGCUGGGUGCUAUGCAGGCCCACCUGGCCGGGAAGAUGGCAUUGACCAAGGCUCCUUCUGUGGUAUCAUCCGACAAGGGCUCCUGCUGCAUUGUAGCCACUAGCAACCCAGGCACCACUGUCCCGGCCUGGCCUGGCCCCCAGGAGGGCCCCGAUGGCCUGUUUCCUGUGCGGAGGCACCUCUGGGGCAGCCAUGGACAUAGCACGUUCCCAGAGUUCUUCCACAACAUGGACUACUUCAAGUUCCACAACAUGCGGCCCCCUUUUACUUAUGCCACUCUCAUCCGCUGGGCCAUUCUAGAGGCUCCUGAAAAGCAGCGGACACUCAAUGAGAUCUAUCACUGGUUCACACGCAUGUUCGCCUUCUUCAGAAACCACCCUGCAACCUGGAAGAAUGCCAUUCGCCACAACCUGAGCUUGCACAAGUGCUUCGUGAGAGUGGAGAGUGAGAAGGGGGCUGUGUGGACCGUGGAUGAGUUUGAGUUCCGCAAGAAGAGGAGCCAGAGGCCCAGCAGGUGUUCCAACCCCAUACCUGGCCCCUAACCUCAAAAUCAAGAAAAGGAAGGAAUGACAGGGGCCAAAAUUUGGGGCAGAAGUGGCCGGGGGCAGGGUUGGCAGGCCCUGGCCAUUCCCACAGGGACCAAGAAGUGAGGUGUGCACUGUCUUGCCUGCCAGGGACAUUGUUCCCCAGCCGACCACCCCACUUGGAUCAUACGCUCUGUACCAAGGCUGCUCAGAGAGGCCCCAACCCUGUACCCCUACCUCAGCCAUGCACCCCUCACCCAGCCCCCUGUGAUGGGCUCUCAGGCAAACAGCCUUCACAACCAACCACACACAGUCUGAAUCAGUCACUCGCAGAUGUCCCCAGGCUGGAAAAGACACACAGAUGCUCACACUCCUGUCCCUUGGUCUCCAUGCAAACCCCCAAAUACAAAGAGCCUGUCUCAGUAUACUCAGACAACCUCAAAUCUGCACAGUCACACAAACAAUCAUACCCAAGUAAUCCUGUCAACUCACACACUCCAAAGCACACACCGACAGCCAGCCUUCUGGCCCCCACGUGUAGUGUUACAGGGUGUACCCAGACACCUAUACAGAAGCAGCUUUUGCCUUCAGGGUCUCAGGUCCCAGAAAGCCACACAAACACAUACCAGUCAUGCACAGUCUCACACAGCCAACCCUGACACACACGCUCAGUCACACAGCCCAUUAGAAUUCAAUUACAUACCA